CGGCGCAAUGAACUCUUCUUGAUGGCACUCCUGAAAGAUCGUCACAAAUUUAUCCAGCCCUUAGUUGAUAUUGGCAUUCAACCACAAGAAUUCGUCACCACGAAGUUCCUCCGCGACCUAUACAAUAAUUGUUCUGGUUCUUCGAAUGUCUCGCGUCUGUUAUUCCUCGCAGGUCUGGUUAAGCGGGGACGACUACCGAAUACCCAGCGUGCCCACACUCCUGCCGGCUCUUUUGAAAUGAGCAAAGAAGGUAUUCCUGCUGGGGAAAAACUUUCCUCCGCCCCAAUUGCCCUGCAAGAUAUUCAUGCCUACCUGUACAAUGCACUGGGAGGUUUCGACUGUCCGCAAUACUUGAAAACUUUAGAGGAUGUUCUGGAUCAGAAUGAUAAAAGUCAAACUGUGCCAAAUCCCCUUGUGCAUCUUUUUAUUUGGUCUGUUCUCACAAACUCCCACGAAAUGGCCAUAGCGUUACUCAAGGUCAGUCCCAGCCCGGUAGCUUCGGCUCUCAUUGGCGCUGCGCUGAACAGACAUCAUGCUUCUCUACUGCCUACGUAUGACACCUUUAACCGUCAGCAGUUGGAAGAACAGGCCGCCUUCUUUGAACAAGUUGCCUCUGAAAUAUUAAUGGAAGUUGAUUCUGUUGAUAGGGUCUCCUAUGGAUUCUUUUAUGAACUUCCGGCCGUGCGUCACAUCAAAAGAUGGAUGGUUAUUAUGGGCUAG